AACUCCUUUAAAAUGAUUAAAUGGAAACUCCACCAAUCAAUAGUUCAUUUCAUCUUUUGCUUCACCUGCUCAGUUUCCUUUGUAUGUUCACACAGAGCUUUGAAUUUCUCUCUUGAUUCUUGAAAUUCAAUCAAUUCUUUGAGCUGGCUCUUCUUAAAAUUAUCUCAAGAACCCAAAACCUCAUGGCUUCUCUCAAAAUUUUCCCUAAAAAAAUUGGUGAAGAUCAGUAGUAAUUUUCCCAGUCAACUCAACAACCAACCACCAACUCAGAAAAGAUUUGCCAUAUUAUGGCUCUUUUUCCAACUGGGUCUCUCCCAAUUUGAUUAAAGAUUCCAUUUUUCAAACUGGAGUUUUCCCAAUUUGAUUAAAGACCAUUUUUCCAAGUGGGGUUUUCCCAAUUUGAUUAAAGAUUCAUUUUUUUCCAGCUGGGGUUCUCCCAAUUUGAUCAAAGAUUCAAUUUUUCCAACUGGGGUUUUGCUCUAUUUGAUUAAAGAUUCAAUUUUUCCAGCUGGGGUUCUCCCAAUUUGAUCAAAGAUUCAAUUUUUCCAACUGGGGUUUUGCUCAAUUUUAUUAAAGACUCAAUUUUUCCAACCGGGGUUUUCCCAAUUUGAUUAAAGAAUCCAUUUUCUAUAAGGGGUUUGUUGGAGGUGCACACAUGGAUCAUGAGAAAGAUGCCUUAAUCAAUGAGCUGACGGAGUUAAUCGACACCGUUUCGGGUUUGCCGGAGUGCAAGAAUGUUUCUAAGAGGAUGUACAGUAAUUUGGUGAGAAGGGUGAAGCUUUUGAGCCCUUUAGUUGAGGAAUUGAAAGAUAGUGAUGUUGUUGAGGUUGGAGAUGAUGUGGUUCAUGGGCUUGAGUUGUUGAGAAUUGCUCUUAAUUCUGCUUUGGAGCUUCUCAAAUCUGUCAAUGAAGGCAGUAAGAUUUUUCAGGCUCUGCAGAUGGACACCAUAUCACUAAGGUUUCUAAAUGUAACAGAGCAAAUCGAAGAUGCACUAAGCCACAUUCCUUACAAUAAGCUUGAUAUAUCUGAGGAAGUCCGAGAACAAAUUGAACUUGUGCAUGCUCAGUUUAAAAGAGCAAAAGGAAAGAUGGAAUCACCAGAUGUGCAGUUGGUAAUUGAUUUAGCUAUGGCAGAAAGGGAACAAGAUCCCGACUCCAUGAUUUUUAAACGGCUGUCAGAGAAGCUGCAUCUCAGGACCGUAAAUGAUCUAAAGAAGGAGUCACUUGCCAUCCAUGACAUGGUCAUUUCUAGUGGUGGAGUUCCCGAAGAGUGCUUUGAAACGAUUGCAUUCCUCCUUAGAAAGCUAAAGGACUGCGCAAUGACGGGGAAUCCUGAGAUGGAUGUCCUUGAGGGUGACAAGAGUAUGAUUAAGCACAGAUCUCCGGUCAUUCCAGAUGAUUUUCGUUGUCCAAUAUCACUUGAGUUGAUGAAAGAUCCUGUUAUUGUAUCUACCGGACAGACCUAUGAAAGGUCUUGCAUCCAGAAAUGGCUGGAUGCAGGACACAAGACAUGUCCUAAGACUCAGCAGACAUUGUUGCACACCGCAUUGACUCCAAACUAUGUUUUGAAGAGCCUGAUUGCCUUGUGGUGUGAGAACAAUGGUGUUGAGCUGCCUAAAAACCAAGGAAAUUGUAGGAACAAAAGGUCUGGAGCUGGUGGUUCGGACUGUGAUCGUGCUGCUAUUGAUGCGUUGUUACAAAAACUUGCCAAUGGUAAUCCGGAACAGCAAAGAGCAGCUGCUGGUGAGCUCCGUUUGCUGGCCAAAAGAAAUGCUGAUAACAGAGUCUGCAUUGCUGAAGCUGGAGCAAUUCCUCUGCUUGUUGAACUGCUUUCAUCGUCAGAUUCUCGUACUCAGGAGCACGCUGUCACGGCACUCCUUAACCUAUCCAUAAAUGAAUCUAACAAGGGAACUAUUGUAAAUGCUGGUGCUAUACCUGAUAUAGUAGAUGUACUAAGAAAUGGAAGCAUGGAAGCUAGGGAAAAUGCAGCCGCUACCCUUUUCAGUUUAUCAGUGGUUGACGAAAACAAAGUGGCAAUAGGAGCCGCCGGUGCUAUCCCAGCGCUUAUUGAUUUGCUUUGUCAGGGAACUCCAAGGGGAAAGAAGGAUGCAGCCACUGCUAUAUUCAACCUCUCAAUCUAUCAAGGAAACAAGGUGAGGGCAGUACGGGCAGGGAUUGUGCCACCGCUAAUGAGAUUGCUCAAGGAUCCUGGGGGUGGAAUGAUGGAUGAAGCACUGGCAAUAUUGGCAAUACUUGCAAGUCAUCAGGAGGGUAAGGCCGCUAUUGGUCAAGCUGAGCCAAUCCCCAUCUUAGUUGAGGUAAUUAGGACAGGUUCUCCUCGGAACCGAGAAAAUGCUGCAGCUGUUUUGUGGUCUCUAUGUACAGGUGAUGUACAGAACUUAAAGGUAGCUAGGGAUCUUGGAGUAGAAGAGGUACUGAAGGAACUGUCCGAGAAUGGCACUGAUAGAGCCAAAAGAAAAGCCGGAAGUGUUUUGGAACUUCUCCAACGAGUUGAUGCAGUUGAUUCAUGACACCUAGAUUGAGCAGUGAAAAACUAAAUUCAACCUGAGAACUGAAGUCACACGAUCCAGUAAUUACACGACCACGUCUACGUAUGUACAAAGAUAUAGAACUGUACCUCUAUAUGUAUGUUUUCAUCUUCUUUUUGACAGCUUGAUCCAGGGGCAAUGAGUUGUUUUUUAAAUUGGUGUUUAUAGAUGUAAAAUCUUGUUGUUUAUACUUUCUUUAUAGUGUUUGAUUAAGUAAGCACUGUGAUUUCCACUUUUGAAUAUGACAAAUGAAGAGAAAGUAUGCUGUUGUUAGUGUUCAA